UAAUACAUCAAAAAUAUUCGGUGUAAUACCUUUUAUUGACCCAAAAAAAUUAAAUGACCAUAGUUACGAAUUAAACAAAAAAUCCGAUGUGUAUAGUUAUGGAGUAUUAAUGUGGCAAGUUUCAAGCGGAAAACAACCAUUUUGUAAUCAUAAGUAUGACGGAAAUUUAUCCUUAUCUAUAGUAAAUGGUAAACGAGAAGAAAUUAUUAAUAAUACUCCCCUUGAAUAUGGUAAUUUAUAUACAGAAUGCUGGGAAAAUGAGCCAGAUAAGCGUCCUGAUAUGCAAAAGGUUGUUUUAGUUCUAAAAUCAAUAGUUUUUCCUGAUCAAGAUCU